UGUCGACUGUAAGAACACGUCAGCGUUAGAGACCUCCUCAUCCUCUGCACUUUCUCUUCCUGCUUCCAACUUUGUUGCACAUGACACUUUAUGAGGAUCGACGUCUGUGUUUCACCUGAACGCUCGCUCGCUGUUGAAAUGCCCGGAUUACGUCCACAUCAGACGCAUAACAGCAGCAUAUGACCCCGAGCGUUUGGUUUCUAUGGUGCUUCGGCUGUGAAAAUGAGAUUCCGGUUGUUGAAGAAGAACUUUAUUGCGUUCCUUGUCAUUUUAAUUGUGUUUUUAAUGUUGUUUUACUCUUUACGACGGACUAAAGAUGAAACAAACGUGGAGGUGACAGAAAAAGAGGUCUCUCAGACUGCUAUAAUGGUUAAAUUCGACUACGGGACCAUUGAGAACAUGAGGAAGUCCGUCUAUGACAGCAACUACCGGCAGUUCAUUCAGAAUGGAGACAAGUUUCCAUUGGAUCCUGAAGUUGUUGUCGUCGUGCAAGUCCACAAUCGUCCGGCGUACCUCAAAAUGCUCAUACAGUCCUUAGAAAAAGUCAUUGGAAUCCAAAACACGCUUGUGAUAUUCAGCCACGACUAUUUCUCAGAGGAAGUCUCUGAUGUAGUCAAAGGAAUCACUUUUUGCAGGGUCCUCCAGAUCUAUUUCCCCUACAGCAUCCAGCUGUAUUCCAACGAAUUCCCAGGACAGGAUCCCAAAGAUUGUCCGAGAGACAUAUCGAAGGAGGACGCCGUGAAAAAGGGUUGUUUGAACGCGGAGCACCCGGAUUCGUACGGACACUACCGAGAAGCGUCCAUCACCCAAACCAAACACCAUUGGUGGUGGAAGCUGCAUUUCGUGUUCGAGCGAGUGCGGGUGCUUCGGGGAUACAACGGGCUUGUCGUCUUCAUCGAGGAAGACAACUACCUUCUCCCAGAUUUCCACGAAUACUUUAAAUCCAUGGGCGAGCUCAGGAAAACCAAAUGCGGGGAUUGCGACAUCCUCGCUGUAGGCAACCAUGACAGUUUAUCGGGCUUCCAUGAGCUUUCCAGCCAAACGGAGACAGCAGGAUGGCUGUCCACCAAGCAUAACAUAGGCAUGGGCAUCUCCAGAGAGCUCUACUACAAACUGAUGGGAUGCAAUCAUGCAUUCUGCACCUAUGAUGAUUAUAACUGGGACUGGACCCUGCAGAGCUUGUCUGGGACAUGCAUCUCUAAACCUCUCAAGGUUCUGGUGGCUCGAGGAAGCCGGGUUCUUCACACCGGAGAUUGCGGCCUGCAUCAGAAGGAGGAUUGCCGACCGGAAAAGGCUCAGGAGAGGGUGGAUGCAGUGCUUAAAGAGGUGCAAACCGCUCUUUUCCCACCGGUUUUGACCUUGACAGACCACGGGUCGGUGGAGCAUCAGCCUCACAUGAAGAACGGAGGAUGGGGCGACGUCCGCGACCACACGCUGUGCAUCAACUACGCGGUUCGACUCUGAGCUGGACGCUUUCACUUAUUCAGAACAUCAGGGUUAAAUGAUUCAGGUUUAGCUUUCACCAAAAACAGGAAAUUGUGAGCUAUAAUGGUGUGUAUAUUGUGCAUAAUGUGGAUGAAUCUCACAAAAAACAGGUCGAAUGUUCACAAACAAUCAAAUAACUAAAUAUUCUUGUUACAGUAUAAUGCUUCUGAAUAUUCUAUAUAUAGAGAGAGAGAGAGAAUUUAUACAUUAUAAAUAUAAAAUAUUAUAAGGUCCGCGAGAAAAGACUUUAUCAGUCUUCUUAAAAAUGUAAAGAAUCCCGUCUAAUUUAGUUUAAGUUGCCACUGCCAUGCUUUACAGUUUUCACGCAGGAAACCGAUUGUAAAUUUCACAAAGAAUCAAAAACAAGUUUUGUGGUAAGACUGAAAUAGUGUUUUCUUGUAAAACAGGACUCCAGUAAUUUUACAACUUCAGAUAAAAUUUUUUGCUAUGCAUUGUAUAGUAAAAAUUUACUAUACUAUAUAUAUUUUUAAAGAGCAUGCACUAAAGCCAGUACACUGUUAAACAUUUGUUGUAAUAAAACAAAUAUGAUUUGGUACAUUUAAAAAAUGUCAUGUUUAAUUCACUGUGCAUUUUCUUUGGAAUUAAAUGUGAAAUUUAAAAGCAAUUUAUGAGUUUAAAUGUUUCUACACCAAUUUUUCGAGUAUUUACCACGAUAAAUGAAUGCUUUACGAUCUAAAUGAUGUAUCACUAGCUCUAGGCAUUACGAUAAUGAUAAUUUGUAGUAGGAAAUGUGCUUAAUUGUGUUACAAAUGUCACAGAACUAAACAGAUUAAUAGUUUUGAUAAAACACUGGCUCCAUUUUUUAUGCAUACAGCACAAUAGUGUAAAAAACAAAACACACACUUCUUGUUUGAUUUUGUGGUGACCUGAAUAUGUUUCCUGAGACCUGACUUUAGCAGAUUUACAUAAUUUGAAUAUUACUGACACUUGAACAUAGGGAAAUUGUCCACGGUGCAAAAACAUGCAUUUUUACAGUGCAUUUUAACAAUAUCAGCACAAAUCAUAAACCUUCCAGCAAGCAACAUCCAGAUGGGUGUUUGUUGUAAAAAAAAAAACAAUAGUUUGAAUGUAACAUUCCUUCUGUCUUCUGUUACUGAUGUUUCUUAAAAAUGAAAGAUCUUUUUUUUUUUUGUUUGUUUGUUUUGUUUAUUUUUUAACAGAGGGACAUAUUUUGGUGGUGUAUUUAGAUGUGUGAAUUUGUGUUUAAUGUGCCUUGUAAACAUUCUUUUUAAAUUUGCAUAUGGCUAUUUGCAUUUGUGCUUUGCAUCCUUUCAAAUCCGGGUUUCUUCAGAUCAUUUCUUCUUUUUUUCUCACACGUCGCUACUUUGUUGUCUAACAUUGUGUUUAAUAUCUUGCUUAAAUGUACAUGGAAGACUGGAAUAACUGCACAGAACUUAGUCUAUGAUUUUCAUCAGUCAAACAGGUUUGGCUCCAGAUGUUUAUCCAUAAUCACUGUAAACUGCAUGAAAGAGUCUAUUUAUUUUCCCAACUGAGACUCUUAGUAGAAGUUGGGGGUUCCUGGGAUGGAAGAAUUAUAUAUGUUGUGAAAUGCUAUCUUUACAGCCUUGACAUGAAGCCAAAUAAACUUACCUUUGUGCUUGGUUUGGAGAAUUUGGAAGAUACAAAGGUGGACCUCGUGUUUUUUUUUCCAGCUGACCUUCUCUGUGUGUUUCCUUUCUGUGAUUUCCGUUAUACCUAUAGGGAGGAAAAGCUGACAUGCUCAAAAGAGUUGCCAAAUGUUUUUGUGGAAGUGGAUCUGAAAUGUGUUCUUUGAUUGUGUUCUGGGUGAAUACUGUAAGUGUGCAUGAGAGAGAUUGAUUUCUCUAAUGAUGCAAUCUCUCUUGUAUGAUUUGUUUCCAAAAACAAAUCAUAAUGCUAGCUCUUAAAGCCAUAUUCAGAUUUGUUCUUUAAGCUUUCAGCCAAAGAUGCAUUGAUCAUGUCAUGAAUUUAUGAAUAAGGGGUAUGCUUUUGAUGAUUUUUUGUUGUUGUUUUUGAGUGUUUGUCAUUUUAAAACUGAGUUUGUAUAUAAUAGAUUGUCGGAAUAAUUCCA